CUCAGAAUAUUUUUGAAGGAAGGGCGGCGUGUGGAGAGGCGUUUUUCGGCAGGUGGGGGGGAAUAACUUGCGAUUUUUUUCGUGAUGGUAUUCCAUUAGGCAAUCACACCUCGUUCUAUAUCCGCGUCUGCCACCCACUCCCAAAGUGCACUUGGCCAAACACCAGGUAAGAUGCCUCGGUAUUUGAUAGGAUAAAUCUGUGGUAUAGCACGAUCCUUGGCUCUGUGCUUUAUGCUUGUUUUCAGGCACUCUUGGAAGGUCAUUUUGGCUACUGUAGGCAUAGAUGUCUUUUGCCGGAUUUUGCAAGUCUCGCUUCAAAUGUUAAUAUUCACUAUUUCGGCAGAUGCCAGUACUCGACUAAAUGCCCUGUUCCUAAUAUCUCUCUUCUUUGGCCAAGUGAUGGGCACAGAUGUUGGUUCACGCGUUUUCUUGACCGCGGGAUGGAGAGCUGGAGCAGGUUUAUCAUUGGGCUGGACUGGUGUUUGCCUUCUGUUACUUCUCGUGCGUGGACCACAUUGUGAGCGCAGCACAUGGCUCGGAUACGAAGGCGGGUUUGGAAUGGGAAAGACGGUCGAACAGAUACGUGAGGACUCGGAGACUGGAGAGAAAGGAAGCCCCUCAGGAGAUAACGUGCAAACAUCAGAGGCUACAUAUAUUUCGUAGAUUUCUCGCCGUUUAUGGCAGAUGUGGAGAUAUAUCAGGCCUUCCCAAGU